GAGAGAAUGGUUGGGGUGGAGAACAUGAAGGAAGAAAAUGAUAAAAAAUAUUGAUACUAAUGACGAGAUUCAAGAAGAAAUCUAUCCAGCGUUUACGGUAGAAGAUACAGUGUAUUAUAGGAAGACAGCCAUUAUUAUGAUAGAAACUCGAGAGGGAAUGGAUGGAAUUAUGAAGGAAGAAGCAAAGAUUGAAAAUAAUGAGAUUAAAGAAGAGACUCCGGAAGAAAUCCUUCCAACCCAUACUGUAAAGGAUAUAUUUAACCUUGGUAAACAGGAAGAACGUGUCAAGAUUGAAAUUACGGAAACUGAAGAUGAAAAAGCAAUAUACGAAGAGGAUUGCCUGCUGUCUGAGUCUAUAACAAAAAAGAGGAAACUAGAAAAAUAUUCUUGUGAUAAAUGUGAGUUUACUGCUAUGUUUCCAAGUAAGCUGAAGGAACAUAUUGGAAGGAAACACGAGGGAGUGAGAUAUCCUUGUAAUAAGUGUGAGUACUCUGCAACUGCAGUUGCAGAUCUGAAAAGACACGUUGCGAAUAAACAUGAAGGGGUGAGAUAUCCUUGUGAUAAAUGUGAGUUCACCACACGUACAGAAAAUCAGCUAAAAAAUCAUAAUAAGAAAAAACAUGAAAUAGUUCGAUAUCCCUGCAGUAAAUGUGAGUUUAUCGCCACGUAUCCAAGUAAACUGAGGGAACAUAACGAAAGAAAACAUGACGGAUUGCGUUAUCCAUGUGAUAGGUGUGAAUACGCGGCAACUACGACGCAAGGUCUCAAAAGACAUAUUUGGUAUAUACAUGAAGGAGUGAGAUAUUUCUGUGAUAAAUGUGAAUUCAGUGCACGUACACAAAGUCAAGUAAAAUCACAUAUUGAAAUAAAGCAUGAAGAAGCUAGAUAUUCUUGUGAUAAAUGUGAAUUCACUGCAACUUAUCCAAGUAAGCUGAAGGAACAUGUUGAAAGAAAACACGACGGUGUAAAGUUUCUAUGUGAUAGAUGUGAGUAUGCUGCAACUACAGCUCGAGAUCUUAGGCGACAUAUCGAGAGUAGACAUGAAGGAGUAAAAUAUCUUUGUGAUAAAUGUGAGUACGCUGCCACUUUUUCAAAUCAACUAAAAGUCCAUAUUGAGUAUGAACAUGAAGGUGUGAGAUAUCCCUGUGAUAAAUGCGAGUUUAAUGCAGCUACAGCAGGCCAUCUGAGAAGACAUAAGGAGAAUAAACAUGAAGGAGUGAGAUAUCCUUGUGAUAAAUGUGAAUAUGCUGCAACUACGGCAGGCAAUCUUCGAAUGCAUAUUGUGAGUAUACACGAGGGUGUUAGAUAUCCUUGCGAUAAAUGUGAGUUCACUGGGGCAACACCAAGUCGAUUGAAAAGACAUGUCGAUAGUAUUCAUGAAAAAGUAACGUUUCCUUGUGAUGAAUGUGAGUACGCUGCAACUCAAGUCGGAGAUUUGAAAAGACAUAAGACAAAAAAACAUUAGCAAAGAUUUUUCUUAUGUCUUUUAUGUUUUAACUCUUAUAUAACCUUUUCACUUCUGAAACCCCAAUGCUCUCCAAACUUUAUUUUACAUAGUUCACUCAGACUGUAAAAUGUUAUGGAAUCAAGGUUUUGCUUUUAACAACGCCUGAAAAGUGAACAUUCCUAAAAUUGUUAAAUAAUUUCAUGGAAAAAUGUACUAUUUUAUAAUCAAAACAAGUUCUUUCAAUUUUUUUAUUCUACAAAGUACAAUUUUUAUUCUAAAAGUACAAUUAGUUUAAUUGAUUAUGAAGUAUCGUUUAAAAACGUUAUUAUUUAAUUAUUUUGUUGUAAUGUGUUUAGAAAAAUUUGAAUGUUGAAAAAUUGAUUUCUGAAAAUAUUCCA